CACCGCAAGAUGGCGGCUGAACGGGAAGUGGCGCUGCUAAUGAUAAAAGCUAUCGAGGCGGCUCUGAAUCCGUUAACUACACAACAGGAAAGAAAAGAGGCUUAUGAGGUAGUGUUUUUAUAUCACAAAUUUACUUUUAGGAGAGCGAAAGUAAUAAUCUGGAGCAGAGAAAAGAAGUUUGCUUUCGUUUCGUUCUUGUCUCUUCAAAGACCAAAUGACAUCAAUAGAAAAAAGAAAAUGAAUAAACAAAAAUAAAUAAAUAAAUAAAUAAAUGAUAAAAACCCUUUUUGCAUGUGGCAAAUCCAAGCACAAACCAAAAAAAUGGAAAAUUCCUGAGGGAGUGACAUUACUUUUUUUUUUUAUGGAAACUCCCAUGGAAAGCAGGAGUGACACCAGCAGAAAUAUGUGUUUAAACAUAUAAGGGCCCUUGCUAGUGUCCGCUUAUUAAGUGCAGGGUACUGUUUAUUUGAUAAAGUUUCAUUUUACUGGGAAAAAAAAGAAAGAAGCAAAAAAGAGAUCUAAGGAUCUACUUGAUGCAUGUUUCAUUCUGUUUGUUUACAUGUGAAACUUAUCCUUUGUUUGUUUGUUUUGUUUUCAUCUUUCAGUUUAUUGAGCAGUUCAAGGCCAGCUCACCACUGUGUGUUUCUGUUGGCAAGCUAUUGUUUGAUCGUCAAAAUUCUGCUAUGGUGCGACAUACUGGUCUUCAACUUUUGGAACACGCAGUCAAGUAAAGCUAAUUCUUAAUAUUACUUUGGAGUCAAUAUUUCUCUUGUGCUUAUGGUUAUAAGAAAUCCCCUAUCUUCUCUAAGAUCAAGUCAUUUAGAUAUUGACCAGCAAGAGGUAUACUUAUAAAAGUAAAAAGGUUCAGAACAUUGCAACUAAGCUAAAGAAUUCCUUUUAGUAACUGAAAUAUUCUCCUGAUGCAAAAUGAGCUGCCUGCUCUCUAAUACAUUAAGAGCUUAGGAUACUGGUUGAGGUUAGGAAUGUGAUUUUGUACUUCAGGCACCAAUUCAUUUGACAAGUUGGGAAUUUGGGAAUUUGGAGGGGGGAAGUGGGGGAAGGGGGGGAAGGGGGAGAAGGGGGGGGAAGACGGAAGAACAGGGUGGGAGACAAGUAGUUUGAGACAGUUGUUGAACCUGUGCAGUUAUCUGUUUUAAUGUCAAAUUUUUUGAAAGUUAUUUUUUGGAUCUAGUUCUAGCAACCAUUGCCAAGACAGGAAGGUUCCUCAGGGACGAUUCUCACAUUUGUUGUUUGUUUGUUUUUUUGUCUUAAUGACAGAUUCAAUUGGAAUUCAAUGAGUGAAGAUGAACAAGCAAGAUUGAAAGGGAUCUCACUUCACUUGCUUGCACAGGUACAUUGAAAACAAUAUCUGCUAUUAUUAUCCAUUCAGGGGUGGUAACUGUACCCUCAAGUUUGUAUUAGAGCACAAACAGAUUUUCCUAUUGAAUUAGGAGGUAACUUCUCUCUUUUCUUGAGUCCUAUGGCUUGCACAAUUGCAAGAACUUUCAAAAACUACUUCGCCCAUAAAUGAUGAAAUGCACUUGCUUUCAUUUGCUUUUUUAUACUUAUCAUGUGAAGGUUUUAAUCUUUAAUAAUUAGCACCAAACUUACCAAAUUGAUUGGAGCUAGAAGGAAGAAACAUUAAUUCACUUUGAGUCAUUAAAAGAUAUGAAAUUAAAGAUUUCAAACAAGAGUGAGGGUUCCCCUUGCCCCACCUUAGGUCAUUGUAGAAAAAAAAUUUUGUUUUUUAAAUUUCAAGUAACAAUUUUUCUCUUCCUCUCCCCCCUUUGUAGUCUUUUUGUAUUCAUGUGUGGUGCAUGUGGCUUCACAAAUUAACCAAUCACAUAGAAGAACUCUAACCUUGACUUUUGAAAACUGACAUGGACAUUUUUUUCAUGAACUUUUGUCGUUAUUUUGGCUGAGUUUUAAUAAGUUGUUUUUGAGUUUUUGUUAGUGCAGCCCUUUUGUUUGGAAUUUAAGAAGUUUCAGAGUUUUUAUUUUAGACAAAUGUUGUGGUUCAUUUAACAAAUUUAAUACAUUUAAUAUAUUCAGAGUUUGGACUCUAGCCUCUUUUUUUGUAAAUUAAUUUUUGUACAGUCAUUAAGAAGUAAUUAGAAAUUGCUGAGGAGAAACUAACUUUGAUGUGGUUAAGUGGACAUUAUACAUGUAUAUUUAUAUCUCAAACCAAGCUUGGAUAUAAUUCAGAUGCAAAAGUAAAUUUUAUUGUCCAAAGAUUUCCAUUGUCUCUUGUUCAAUUUGUGUGUUUUGUACCAGGGAAGUGGCUCCCUGCCAGAUGAACCAUUCCACAUCAAGGAAGCAUUAGCAAGGCUGGUGGUGGAGAUAACCAAAAGGGAGUGGCCACAGAAAUGGGGAUCACUGCUUUCAGACCUCAAUGACAUCUGUACAAUGGGGGUGAGGCAUAAGCUUGAUUUCACUCUUUUGAUAUUGUGAUGAGAUGCUGUAAAGGGGAAGUGUCAGUAUUUCAUUGUGUUGUGGUAGCUCCGAACUUCAGAAGUUUCUUCACAUCCAAAGGACACAGAGAGAAUUUGCCAAAAUUCUCUUAAGAAUCUAAAAUCAUGACAUUGGACAGAAUGGUCUGGAGUGGCUGUUUGGCCAGCUGUAUGUUCCUUAUCAGAUCACCAUCAGCUGACUAGCUUUCACUUUUCUGACCUUCAGAAUGUGCAAACAGAAAUGGUGCUGAUGGUUCUUCUGCGACUUGCGGAAGAUGUAAUGUCAAUGGAUAGCAAUCUGCAUGCCAAUAGAAAGAAACAGAUUACACAAGAAUUACACUCUCACAUGGAUGGCUUGUUCACUUUCUUCAUUGACUCACUGCAGCAAAAUACUGCAAGGUUUAGGAGUCUAAAGGUGAGCCCCAUAUCUUUGAACUAGUUUUGUAACUGACAGCUAUAGCUGUAUGUAACUUGUAGCAGAAAGGAGCAAAAUUCUGAAUACCCCCCUCCCCAACCCUGCUUCUGGUUGAGACAGAGUCUAUCAAGUUAAAAUAGUAGGGGAAAAAUGCACAUGCAAUUCAUUUUGAUGGUAUACAAAUGCUUAUUUACUGCACUGCAUAAUAUUGUAAUACCUUGGUGGAAAAUACCAGGGUGUAUUUCAAAGCCUGUAUUUGCUUCUGUGUUGAAUAGUCAAGGAUUUUCGAACAGAAGAAAUGCACACUGUUUUUUUUAAAGCAGGGCAGUGUGUUUAGAAGAAAAAUGAUGACUCCCUUUUUGGCCCUCAGUGAUUUUGUACAAGCUCCUGCUCCUCUCUGUGAUAAAGCUCUCCUUCUGAAAGUUUUGAAAGGAGCCCCAGCAUCAUUAGAAUGAUUACGGUAUAGGAUUAGUUUUGAAUAAAAAUAAUAAUAAUUAGGUUUUACACUCUGGCUUGUAAUAAUUAUCAAUGAUUUUAUUUUGAUGCGCAUGUUUCUUUUCACAGAGCCAGGUUGAAAGUGGGGACAUCAGCUGCAAGGCUCAGGUUAGAAGUUUUUUGUAUAUAGUGUUCAGUCAUUUGUGGAUGAAAGCAGCAAAUAAUGAGCCCUUAAUAAUUCUAAUGCCUAAAUUUCUCUUUUCAAAUCAGGUGUAUGUAUUAAAGAUAAUGGAAAAAAUGCUUUGCAUCAUGAUACAUUACAGGCUUCUAUUCUGCCAGUGAAUGGCUGCAAGUAGAGGAUAGAGGGAGAGUGAAAUUGUUUGGUACUUUUCUUUUUCCCUGCUUUUCUGGGGCCUACUAAUGAUUAAGUGCCUUUAGUACUGCAGUGUUUCCCUUUUUUAGGGGGUCUCUGAUAAGAAUUACCACCUAUAGUACCAGUACUACUUAUUACCAUCUAAAAUUGCUUAAAAUCAUUGAAAAUUCAAGAGGUAAAGGGAUUUUUCAGAUGUUUUGAUAAUAUCUUUACCUGUGGUGCUUAAAACUAGGGGAGAACACCACUACUGAAAAAGGUUAAUUGAUUCAAACCUUCAUUCACAUUUGAAAUUUCUCUUCUCCAAGGCGGCAGUGCACCAGAGACUUGCUGAGCAGACCCUCCUGACAUUAGCUGGAUUUGUAGACUGGGUGAAGUUCGGAACAUUGUAUAUAAAGGAUUGUAUCAUACUACAGAUGUUGUGUUUACUACUGGAGGAAGACUCACUGAAAAUACCAAGUUGUGAAUGUCUUUUGAUUAUUGUCAGUAGAAAGGUAAUUACUACAAUAAUAUUAGUUUAUUUAAUAAUGUGCACUUUAUUUGAUGGUUUGACAUAAAAUAUGCACUGAUGUUUUGCAAGUUGUGUUGUAUUUUUCAGAGUCCUAAGGGGCAAGGAAAAUACGAGCAACAAUUUAUUAAUCCACUUUUAUUUCACUUUUCAGCAUUUAGAUUUUAGUUUGUAAAAUACAUCCUAGGGCCUUAGUCUGUGGAUCAUAUUGAUCACAUAAGGAGUACACAAAAGAGAAAAACAGGAGAAAGGAAAAGUGUUUUAAUGUGACCAAUGAAAAUAUCAUGCCAAAGAGCAAUUUUCUGUUUGUUGAAAUUUCUGUUUAAUUUGCUUUUCUAGGGUAAAAACGAACAAAGGAUUCCAAUGUUGAAGUUGUUUAGUGAGGAUGCCAUGAGUGUCAUGUUGUCUGCUGCUCAGUAAGGAGAAUUUGUUCCUAAUCUUGAAAUUUAUAAUGACAUUGUUUCUCUCUUGUUAAAAUUAUCUUAAGUUACUUGGGCCCUUAACAAUACUACACCUUGUCAGUAUGUCUGGGUUUUUUUUUGUAGUACAAACAUGGGUGGGAUGGUUAAGUCUGUGCUCAAGCCAAGUGAGGGUACAGUGUAUGUUUAUGGGAUGCUAGUCCAUGAUGCUUUAGACAUUGCUGAUCUCAGCAGUAAGCAGCCUAUAGUCUCUGAGGCUCAGUGGUACUCAGCAUAGGAGUGAUGAAGAAUUUUUUCUUUGUCUCAUGCUUACCUUGCCAAAGGGGAUAUCAUAAUGUACAUGUAAUGGAUAAGAGAAUGAGAUUUUUGCUUCUUGAUCUUUUGAUAAUAUAUGUUCAUGCAGGUGUAAAUUCCUUAAACAAUACUCAGUUUUGCCGACAUAAAAAUGAUUGAAAUUUAUUAAAUUUUUUUAAAAAAUCAAAUCUCUAUUUUCUCAGAAAAUCGGUUACCGCAGAAUUUGAUGAGAGACAGUAUCUCUUUCUUAAGAGGCUCUGCCAGGUUCUUGUGACACUUGGAGAGGUGCAGCUCUUCCACCUGUGGGUAAGAGUCAAAAUUACUUUUAAAAAGCAUCCCUUUUUAGUAAAACUGAGGUCCUUCCUGAUCAAUUUAAGGUUUCAAUAAGUUUGUUUGAGAAAUAUCAAGGACAAUAACUUUGGCUCUGUUUGAAGGUUGGCAGGCCGAGUGCACACUUUCAUCAAAUGCAACUGCAUAUUUUUGGGUCUUCAAAAUUUUGGUAAAAUUUGCACCAAACUUGCUACUCUAGUGAUUCUUUCAUGUCCAGAGAUGAGAUGCUGAACUUGAGUCAGUAAGCAGAUCUUGCAAAAAUGUUCAGAAUGAAGGUUACGUACUUUUGAGUGUCUAUGAGUGGUUGUUCCUGUGUCAUUGCCUUGUGGUGAUGCUUUACACUUAGCAGCUGUAAAUCUUUUUCUCUCUCUUUUUUUUUAGAAUAGUGACAAGCCCAAGGAGAAACCUCCAAACUUCAGGCAGUAUUUGGAAGCGAUGAUUGCAUUUUCAAAACAUGAAAGCCUAGUACGUUGAUUUGCUAAUAGUUUUAGAUAUAUAUUAUAACUUGAAAAUGUGCUGCUACUUUCUGUUUAUUAAGGAGAUUAAGUAUGCAGGCUGGCCCACGCAGUCUUUUGACCCUUUCACCCCCAAGAUCUCAUCAGGAAUUCUCCUUACUGUCUGCUAUACAAUUCUUAUGAUGUUCAUAUGGAGAACUUGGUAAUGGAUCAACUAAUGAUCCCCUAAUUGAUGUUAUUCUUUAUUCCUAUCACUUGUCUGUCACUUAUGGAGUUAACCCUUAACUCCUAUGAGUGACUGAGACAGAAUUUCUCCUUAAAAUAUCGAUACAGUAGCAGCCAGAUAAGUGAUGAGAAUAAAGAAAAAUAUCAAUUUGGGGAGAAUUAGUUGAUCCAAAACUAAAUUCUCUAGACAAACAUUAUAAGAAUUGUAUUGUUGACCCUAAGGAGAAUUACAAAUUUGAUCUGGGAGUUAAAGGGUUAAAGAGUUAAGAGCAGGUUAUUGUGAUAAAGGAACAGAAUACAAGGAAAAUCAUUAACAACAUUGGAAUCUGUACUCAACUAUUCCUGGUUGUUCAGAUGUAAAGUUUGAGUGUGGUGGAGAAGGGUAAAGUUUGACCAGGGUUACAGUAUUUCCACAGCUGUAGUUAAAAAUUUUUUUAAGAAGACUUAAAUUUUGAAAUAACCCCUUUUACAACAUUAGUUGGGGAUGUGUUUGCUUUUUGUGGGUGUGAUCCCUGUCUGAAGUAGUUGUUUUGUUGAUGUAUUUUUUGUUAUUAUGAGAAAAUAACUUUCCUCUUAUGUAAAUUGGUUCUCUCCACCUAUGUAGUUGGGGUAUGAAGGGUUGCUUGUACAUGUAUAUUUUGUCCAAAGUAGUUUAUGAUGGACUAACAUCCUCUUCAUGGGAAUAAGUAACACUCUUCUUGGCUGCCACAUUAUGCUGGGAAAACUGAGAGAAGCCCCGGCAAUGUUGGGAGCUAGGCUCCUGUGCUGACUUUUGCAGUGUCUGGGGAAAUGCCUCAAACCUCGCAUGCACAAUGGAGGCACUGAACCUUUUUUUAAAUAUAAACUGCAUACCCAUGUUAAAAUGUAGGAAUCCGUGUUCAUUUGAUUAAAACCAUUGACCUUGUUCUUUACAGACCUUGCCACACUUAGCAAAUGGCCUCUGGCUCACACUAUUAAGAAGUCCUGUGAUUUCUAUGGACACAACAUUCCAAGCAGUUUUCCCAUCACUAUUGGAUAUUGCCAAAGCUAAGCUUUUUAAGGUGAACAAUUUGCUUGUAUUAUAAUGAUUAGGUAUUGCAUUUGUUGGUUUUAUUUGAGCUGGUGUUCAUGCAUUAUUUUUACAAGCAGGUUAACACUUUAUUGUCUGUUUCAUAAUUCCCGUACUGCAAUUUGCAACAGUUACUCCUGAGUUAUCAUCUAUAAGGGAUAAAUCCUACUGCCAAUGCACCUUUUACUUUCCUCCACAAGUUCAAACAUUACCUAGUAAUGCAGUUAUGUGAUUGGGCAGACAUUGACCCCUGAGCUGAAGGCUGUCCUGUCUAUUUACGUUGUAAGAGCAAAUUCUCUUCUAGUGAUAUUUUCAUCUGCAUGUCUAAAGUAGUGUGAUAUUAAAUUUUCAUCAUGUUUGCUUCAUUGGACUCUGUGAUUGUUCUAGAAAACCACCCUAACUUGCAAUCGAAUAAAAAUGGAAAAAAACUAGUCAUUUGGAACCUCCAAUUUUCCACUCUUCAUACACUUUUCUUGUUUGGAGUUCUCAUUGACUGACUAUCUGUACCACUUUAGUUUUGGUCAAGAGACUCUCAGACUCUGUCUCAAAAGUCACACCAUCAAAAUUCAAUGAUUACAUAGAAAUGUUCAGUAACAAGGAAAGUUGCCCAUCAGAUUUUGGGAUUUGAGUUAACAAACAAAUCUCAUAAAAAUAGAUUAAGAGUGCUUUCACUGAACAGGUCUCACAAAUGACAUUUUAAGGUUGGUCACCCUGAAGAGGAAGACUCACCAGGGAGUGUUUUUAACAGAGAAGAUUUCAACAGUGAGAGAGAAUUUACGUCUGUUAAUGGCCGUAAGUAUUUACUGUUAUCCUUUCAGUAGUUGAAUUAAAAAUGAAUGUUGGCUUGACGGAAUUAAAAAAAAUAUAAAAUUGAGAAUAAUUUUAAUUUAAACAACAUUUUCCAAACUUUCAUUUGUCUGCAACUUUCGGCUCCACUGAGCAAGAAAUGAAUAUGAUAGGAUGGGAUUCUGAGAAACUUCUUUGCAAACGAAAACCUAAGUUAGCUUUUAUGAUUUGGCUUUAAAGCCUAAUGAAAGGAAAACAGAUGCUCAGAAUUUAAAAACUGCUGCCAUUUCGCAGUGGAAGUGUUCACAUGACAACGUAGCACACGUGAGCAAGGGUAUCCUGUCGUUUCGUACCCACAGUCGUUUCGUAUCCAAAUUCAGUCGAUUCGCACCCAGUUCGAGUACCCAUGGGCACUGGUUUUGCCUCUGUCUCUAUUUACAGUGUAUACGUUUAAGCCCGUUUACGAUGCUUACUGUUCCAUGCUGCCAUGUCGUGUUUCAGAGGUGAGGGGAGAGGUCAUGGACAUCAUACGUCACUUAACAAUGCUGCACCCUGUGGCUACUUUCCUUUACGGAGCUGACUGGUUAUUACAGAGGGUGACACAAACCCCUGCACCUGAUGUCAAAAGUAUGGUUCAAUCCUAUUUUUGGAUAAAACUUUCAUCAGUUAUUACAUUCCCACCUCCUCAGCCCGUGAGCGAGACCUCGUUACAAGCGCUUCGGCGUGAGUGGUUCUUCGCCCAGAAUUAUGAAAUUAUGACAUUACGAGGCCCUGAGCUUUGGGAACCGACGAGAUAUCUGCAAGGAAAUCCAGCGCUAUUACUACUAGACUCUUGGCAAACCACUUCCCGAACUCGUCUCAAAUAUUUUUUGGGCGUGAAACGCGGGUCGUGCAGCGCUGAGAACAGACCAAAUCUCUCCUGGAUGACCACAAGCUAUUAUCCCAAAUUAGCUCCCGGUGAAGUGGUUUGCUUGCACAGUAUUUAAAGCAGAAGUUAACGUACGAUUUCAAAUGAAAAUGAAAUUCUGGCCAAGCGAAUAUCUUUGACAUUAGGUGACUCUAAAUUCAAAAUAAAUGAUCAGGGCAAGAGACUUUCUUUUCAACUCACAUGCCCCGUCAAACAACUGCAACACGUAUUUUACUUGCCCGGAUCACAUGCUUACUUGUCCAGAAAACCUGUGUAAGAAGUGGAAUCCACUUGAAAAUUGAUGCUAGCACAUAUAACAUACACAAAAUGAAAUUUAGUCGACUCUCUGUAAGCGGUACUUAUUUUUCUAGGCCGAAAAGGUGUCAAAUAUUAAAAAAGGAUUUACUGCAUGUCCAAAGUUGGGUAAUAAAAAAAUGUUUGCUUUUUUGGCAGUGCGAUCGGACGAGUGAAAUUAUUUCUUGUCCGAGUGGAAAAUUUAUCCAUCCCAGACGUUUGGACGGCCUAAGUUUCCAGCUCUGAUGAUGUUUGUUUCUUGUUUGUUUGUUUGUGUGCGUAUUUCAUUGCUGCUGUUGUUUUUUUUUAGUCAGUGCACAAGAAACAGAGAAGAUGAUACAAGAAUGGGAUGGACUUACUCGUUACUUGGAUGCAGUGAUGUCAAGAUUCUUUAAAGUAGACAAUUAUGAGGUUAGGUGAAAACAACUUUAAAAAGUUCCAAGCUUUAAAUAACCGGCAGCACUACGACUUGGAAAUACACAGUGUGUAUACUGUGUGUAUUCCAGAAACGGAGAAUCAAUAUAAUAAUUAAAUUUGUCUUGUUACGAGCGCGGGACAAAGAAUUCUGAGUCCCCAUGGGAAAUCGAACCUCAGACCUUCGGGUCCGCGUCCCGAUGCUCUACCACUGCGCCACAGAGACUCUAUGGCGAGCAAGGCCCAUUGCAAAGUUCAUAUGACACGCAUCCUGCGUACUGUUAGGAUCAGCCAUGUCGAUAGCGUCAUUUUUUGUAAAUGGAAUAAGAGAGAUAGUAAGUUUUGAGUUCAGAGAAGAUAUGGGAAAAUAUUGUUAUCGUGUUGUCUUGAGCGGGGGACAAAGAGUCCCCAUGAGGAAUCGAACCUCAGACCUUGAAAUACAAUAAAAUGAAGUAACAUUCGCCUUCAAAUAAGCUCUAAAGCAUAUAACACUGUGUUCAAUUUUUUUUCUCUAGGAGAUCAUUCACAGCCAGGUGAUGUUCCGUGGGACGUCUGUGACAUUUGUUGAAUUGGUCAGAGAAUGCAUCCAGACUACUUUGAAUGUUGACUCAAAGGUAAGAAUAAACUAAGUUAUACUAAGAGCCUAGAUACGCUUAAAGUCAACUUAAAGUCAACUUAUAAUAUGAAGUCACAUUUAAGGUUUCGGGCCCAGUUCUUCUAAGAGUGGAUAACGCUAUACAACGGAUAAAUCGCUAUCCAGAGGAUAACUGUUAAGAAAACGUACUGCACUAUGCACCGGACAGCAACGCUAUCUACUGGAUAGCUUCAUCUACCCUUUGAACAACCGCGGAUUGAGUUUUUGUGUUCAUUUUUAUCAGGUUCCUGACAUUUUGUCAAGUGUGACAGAUGCUAUUCAAGCUCUUUAUCCAUUCCUGAAAUACAGCAAAGACUUGUUGAUGGAAGUGCUUAAAAAGGUGACCUAAAGCAGAGUUACAUUCAGCUGCCAUCAGUUGGGAUAAAGAUGCAUUUUUUUAAUCCCUGACAGGCUUAAAUUAAACGAGAUUAAAAGGUUUUAUCAACCGGGUUAAUGAUAUACACGGGCCACCGUAAAGAAUUUUCUAUAAAUGACGUUUUAAGCGUUAGUCCUUCGUCAGAGCAGAUCAUACAUACAAAAGUCAGCAACUUAAAUCCUGUAGCUAAAAAAACAGAUUUCUUUGAACGUAAAUACAUUUCAGUUGAUAAACGAAUGUUCAAUCGUUUUUCUUGUAAUUUAUAGCCUCUGUCAGUUGUAGAGUCAAGUUGCCAAUCGAUCAAUUCUUUUUACAACGUGCUGUAGUUGUUGAGAUAACAAAGUCUGAAAAAUUCAUGCCUGAAUCGGAUGAAAAUCCGUGACAUUACUAGAGUAGCAUUGGAAUACAGGACAUUGAAAAGUUCCUAAACUUUGUUCUUUUAGAUGUUUCAAGUUGUACUGUUCAACACAACAGGUGAACCCAAGGUACUUGUGUUUAUUUUGUUUCAAUGUUCUUGAUUUUUAGAAUUCUUCAAUGAAGUUGACUGUUAUUUUUCAUAGUCCUUUUUCCUUUUUUUUUUUUUUUGUUUUUUUUGCGUUAUCAGAAUCUGAGAGAAAGGAAAGUAACAAUUGAACUUGUCUGAAAAAUUUCUAACAAGUGAAAAUUUGAACCGAUCUCCUUGCUGAUUUACUUGACAGCAUGACUGGUAAUGCCUGAGAAGCAUUCUGUGCUCAAGCAAGAUAGCAAAUUUAUUGCUUGUGCACGUAGAAAUUUAGGUGUUGCUCACCCUCCUUGCUGUGAUUCCAGGGUCCUUGGAGUCCUGAUGUUCUUCAUGCUCGCCGUCACGCUUGUGGCGCAAUAAUAAAGAUUUGUAAAGAAUUCGGGGAGCUGCUGGUGGUGAGGAAUUAAUUUUAUUGUUAAAAAAAGAGUGCGCACUGCUGUCUGUCCGGCGGAAACUUUGUCAGUACUAGUGAAUUAGCUUAGCAAGCUGAGAAACAACUUUUUUCCGUGAACGAAUUUAUUUAUAGCUUAGUAAGCUCUGGAUGUAUUUAAUGUCUUCCAGCCAGUAUUUGAUGCCCUUAAAGAGCAUAUACAGUCGUUGUUUGUUGGUGAGCUAGUUCCCGUGAAAGACAGAUGCACUUUAACAGAAGCAUUGGUUAUUGCCAGGUAUUGAUGCCUUUCAAUGUUGCUAUACAAGAAACCCGACAUUUCAAAGGAAUGCAACAAGUUUCCCCAAAUCCUCGAAUUUGUGCUCAGGCGUUAAAGUAGUGUAUGCCUACAUAAAACCGACUUGAAGUUAUCGUAAUGGCUCAGUUCGUACCUACUCGAAUUUUUUUUCAAUAAAAUUGUUUAAGGUUUCAAUGUGCUUCGAGUGAAACCGUUACGUUAAGCUUAAGUAUCAGCUUUUGUAAUUUCCUUCAGGCCAGAAUCUCUGUUGCUCUUUACAUGUACGCGACAAGUGUUGGCCUGGCGAACAUGUGUGUCUUUGUUGUAUUUUUCGUGUAGUCGUUGUUUUUUUUUUUCUGGUCUCGAUGUUUUAGCAAUAAACUGGGAAACUGUUAGCGUUUCAUCUGCAUUAAAUAUAAUUUGUUCCUUCAACUAAAGUAUAAGCUUUGAUAAUUUCCUCCGGGUUUCUCUUUGCUUGUAGCCGAUAAGUAUUUCCUCUCUCUUUUUCGGUUCUUGAUUUUCAGCAAUAAGCUAAGCAAAGAAAAGCAAAAUGAAUUCCUCGUUCAGCUGUUAACUCCCGUCAGAGAAAUGUGGCUGGGUGAAAAAAUACAAGGGUGAGUAGCAAAUUAUUGUAGAGCGAGUUCUGAUUUAUCGUCCGAUGUUUUGCUUUGCUUCGCUCGUGAUUGGUCCAGGAAACAAGCACCAGCCUCUCAACCAAUCAGAUUCAAAACUAAAACCAAUCACCGCAUAGUUACUCAAGUUCUUCUGCCCGUAAAAUUUGUUAACAUAAGUGAUUAUAAGUUCUAGUUCAGUGGCUUGGCUCUGUGAUCGGUCUAGGUAACAUGCACUAGCCUCUCAACCAACCAGAUGCAAAACUAACACCAAUCACCGCACGGUAACUCGCGUUUUCUCGCCGGUGAAAACUGUUAACUUAAGUGAUUAUAAGCUCCAGCUCAGUGGCUCCUGGUGACUUUAACCUUUUCUCUAAGUAUAAUGUACCUUAAUAUAAUCUUGUUUUCAGAUGAAUCUUCACUUUCCUAGAGGAUUUAUGCCAUGUUUUUCCUAUGUCGAAAAAGUUAGCCGAAACUGUCAAGCUAGUCAUUCCGUAGUCGUGGUAGAUCAUUCUCCAUCGUCUGCAAUCUUUCUCCCUUGGUUUAUUCUAAGCUCAGUAAUUUUCUACGUGAAAAAACGGUUCCAUUGAAACUGCACUCUACUGAUAGACGAUACUGUCUGACCCCCCCAAAAAACUCAACAUAAAUUCUUUAAAAUGUACAUUUGAUGUUGUGCCUUUUUUUCUAUGUAGGGCCAUCUCAUCUCCGGAGAAUUUUGUUUCAUUUAUUGGAAUGGACCAAGAUCCAUCAGGCUAUUUUCAAAACGGUACGUAUCAGUUCAGUUCUCCUUUCAUGUUUGUCCAUCUGGCCGCUUAAUUCAAUUUCCAAUUUACUUUUUGACAUCCCACAGAGUAUAGCGUACAUGCUACACGGUGAAAAUUACGAAAGUAUAAAUUUAAAACGAAUGCAUGGCAGCUUUGCUCUUGCGUCGAGCGUGUGGAAUUCUUUCGAAAACUGUACCCGCGGGAACGCACGAAACUCGCGCUAAAUUACCCAAAUGUGUUUCUUAUUUAUGUUCAAAGAUUUUGAAUUUGCUGAUUUUAUGGUUUCGUCUAACUUUCAGAUGAGCUAAGGGGAAGAAGAUUUCAGGUAUUUGAUUUCAUUCCAUGUUUAUUUAGAUUUGGAAUUGUCAGCCAGCACAAAUCUUUGCGUUGUGAUGGAAGGGCUGCUGUUCUAAGAUCACGAUCAGCUAUAGAACGAAACUAACUUACCAGCGCACUCACUACAGCCAAUCAGGGAAAAGUGAUACGUAGCAAGGCACCGAUGAGAACUAAAAAUAAAUUCACAUUGCUGACUUCAUGCGAAGAAAAAAACACGACCGACGAAGUCUAUGCUCCAUUAGCAGUGGCUGUUCAGAAAAUGAGCCCGCGCUACUCCUCGAACCUAUUUCGUGAGGCUCAAAGGCGGGGUCCGAGAAAUCGAGCUUAUGCCCUGUUCACACCAAUUUAAACAAGUUUCAUUAAACGUAGUUUUUUUAAACAUGGUUUUAUAAAACAUGUGUUGCUCAAGAACCGUUCACACUGCAGACUGGGUUAGGUAUUACGCAGCCUCGUUUUGAUAUUAAUUGUUGCCAACAAAAUUAAAGACGCAAUCAAAAUGGCGGUCAGUUUAAAUCACAAUAUCCUGCUGUUGUUGGCGCAGUCACGGCUGAGGGAAAACCUCAGAAUUACACAAAACCGAUAGAGAAACGCAGAGAGACGGUUUAAUCGCUAUGUUCGUCGGAGACGUCUCGUUUCAUCAUUGUUUUUCCGUUUUUUGCUUCGAUUUCUUCUCCAACAUCUUCCUGUUCGCCGUAUUUGGCUAAAACUCCGGUCGCAGAUAUUUUGGGAAGAGACUUGCCAAGAUUGGGAAGAAAAGGACUGGAAUGAGAAUUUUCGCAUGUCUAAAGAAGCAUUUAAUCGCCUUUGCCGAGAACUUUCGCCACAUAUCUCUAAAAGGGACACCAAUUACAGGAAAGCCAUUACAGUGCGUCAUCGAGUUGCAAUAACAUUAUAUUAUUGGCUUGCGGACACGGCUCACUUUCGAACGAUCGGAAAUCUAUUUGGUGUCGGAAAAUCCACUGUUUGUGGUAUUGUGCGACAGGUAUGCGAGGUGAUAGGGAACGUUCUUCUUCCCAAUUAUAUAAACGUUCCCCAAAAUCAACAUGAAGUCCAAGAAAAAAUUGAAGGUUUUAAAAGUCGCGCGGGUUUUCCCCAGGUGGUUGCAGCAGUCGAUGGUUGCCAUGUCCCAGUCAUUGGACCUCGGCAAAGUCCAGAUGAUUAUGUUAACAGGAAGGGAUUCCACUCAUUAAUCCUUCAGGGGCUAGUAGAUUGUAAUUAUCUAUUUCUUGAUAUAUGUGUUGGAUGGCCGGGUAAAGUACACGACGCACGUGUCUUCAAGAACUCUUCAUUGUUUGCCUUGUGUUGUGCCAGAGCUUUUCUUCCGCUCGACAUGUCGGUGAUGAUAUCUGGUGUACAAGUUCCUCCCCUUAUAUUAGGUGACUCAGCUUAUGCUCUCAGCAAUUGGCUGAUGAAACCAUAUAUUGAUCGUGGAAAUCUGACCCCGGAGGAACGCAGUUUCAACAUAAAACACAGCACAACUAGAGUAGUUGUUGAAAAUGCCUUUGGUCGAUUAAAGGGAAGGUUCAGAAGCAUUGGGAAGAGACUGGACUUAAAAGUUGAAAAUGCCUGCAAUGUCAUCGCAGCGUGUUGUGUUUUACAUAAUUAUUGUGAGAUGCGAAACGAGUCUUUUGAUGACCAAUGGCUCAAUGAUAUUCACAUUCAUGCUGGAGUUUGUCCAGGUGAUCCAAACCAAAGGCAGAACACAAAUGCUGUUGCAAUAAGAGAUGCAAUUAAAAGAUUCUUAAUAUAAAUAUUCAUUGUCACAUGCAUCACUUGAACAUGAGUGUUCAACAUAAGCAUCUCUCACAGGCAAAUAAUCCAUCAAAGAGUUUACAUCUCUAGCUCAAAAAAAGUCGUUUAUAUGAAUACUUUCUCCCUUUAAGGUUUAUUGUAUACAGUGCAAAUAGUUUCAUAAAUUUCAAGAUCUUUUGAAGGAAUAAUCAAGCAGUGUUCCAUUUGUAAUUACAGUUGUAUAAAUGAGAUUUGAAAAGUAAAUUGUCAAUUGUGUAAAUUAAAAUUUUGGCAAACUUUGAGGACUUUGAAACCCCCAUUUUUUUUGAACAUUUCAAAACCUGGAGGGAACAAUUAAAAUGCAGCAAGUUUGCCUUUUCCAUUUAAACAUAUUAGCACUGUUGUAAAAAAUAGGGAGAGUUUGAAAAUGGUGUGACAUAAAAUUUAGCCAUGCAUCUAAUGUUCACAUAAAAUACUAAUUUGAGUGUAAAUUAAAAUUACUGAUGGCUCUCUGUUGUAAAUUUAUCAAGGAGACUUAAAAGACAUCAUUCAUAACCCUCUCUCUCUGAACUUUGAGCAUUUUUUAAAUACUCUGGGCCAGGUCGUUGUCCCAGGGUUAGUGAAAAUUUGAUUUCAAAUAUGAAAAUUUAAAAAGAAAUCCAUUUUCUUUUUUUUUUGUCUACAAUUUGAUGAUUAGAUGGUCUAAAAGGAAUAGGGAAAAUUAAGAAAUAAAGACGCUGAAUCAAAAUGUAACCCUGGGUUAGUGUUAAUCGGCCUCUGAACAACUAGGCUCUGCCGGAAAAUUUUGAAAAAAACCCCAUUCAAUUGAAGAUAACUAUAGAAGACAAUUUUUUUAACCAACAUGUCAACAUCAAAAAUCGGUAAGUUCAAUAUAGUUUUUUUUUUUUUCUUGCCUUCUCCAACGACAUCAUUGAGAACAGCAUAAAUUAAACCAACUGAAAAACGAUGCAGUACUUUUUAUUUUCAUUGCGCCAAUUUCAGCAGAAAAGUCUUCCUUCCUUCUUCUCUCCUCCCUUUCUUCUUUCGUCUUUCACGAGCCUUUCAAGAAAACUCCAUGCUUGUUGAUAGGAAACAAAAUAACGCCUUGUCAUGUUAAGGCAUCCGUCGUUGAACCUUCCGCUUCUUCGUAGCGGGUUUGAAAAAUGGCUUGCCAGCAUCUGUUGUUCUUUCUGUGAAGGAAUACAAAAAAUCUUUAAAGGGGUUAAAGUUUGAGCUAAUACUUAUCUCAAUAUUUUUGUUCAAACUCAUCUUGGAAGUAAAAUUAUCAAGAAAUUUUGUUGAGAUUACAGACAACGUAGGCGCCGAUAUUGAAACAUUUUCUUGGCCUAUUGUCUGACCCUCCAAUCAGCGAAAGUUUUCAAAGCUCACCUGUCAAACAUUCACCCUUGUUUGGUUGAGGAAAUUUGCCGGCUGUUUCGUUGUUGCUGCGAUGAAGGAAGGCAACUCUUCGUUUGGUUCAUCGUUCUUAAUUUUUUCAUUGUCUUCUUCUUCGUUGUCCGCCUGAAUGAUAAUUUUGAAAAUUUACCACAACCUUCGGUUUGGUACAUGGUUUUUUUUUGAGAAAUUCAUCGACUUCGUCGAAAAACGCCGGCUUCCUCUUUGGAGUCCGUUUCCGGUCUUCUCACAUUCGUCUUUGUAGGAGCGAUACGCACUUACUAAUGUGUGUACUCUUGUUUUGCAGGCAUCUUCAUCACGGUCUUCGUAGCCUGCCGCUCGAAUAAAAUCACUUAUUUCUUGCCAUAUAGGCCUCUUUCUGGUACAAGAUAUUAACUUCAUUUGUAUAUUUUCGUCCCCCCACUUCUGUAGUAACAAUAACGUUUCCUGGUUUUCCCAAAUCCUUCCGCGGGUUUUUUUGGCAACCGCCAUCUUUAAUGUGUUUAGUUAAACACGAAAGUUAAACAACCUCAUUUAGGUAGUUUUAUUAAACACGGUUUUAAACAUGUUUUAGACGAAGUAAAACAAGAUUUAAACAUGAUUUGUUUUAGUUGAGAGUGUGGCGAAAGAUUUCUAAACCAAUCGUAUUAAGUAGUAAAGUAAAACCAAAGCAAUCCUGCUUUACUUUCAUUCCUCAAUUAAAAAUUGCGCUCUCUUAUAGUUUAGGAUCUCUAUGUUAGUGUUGUUCCUACAAGUCAGUAUUUUACACUCUUAUUUCUUUUCAGAUAAUGUAUGCUGUGACCACCAUUAUGGCAGUUGUGCGAAGCUGUGCUAUGCUCAAUACCAAGGUAUUGAUAUCAAGUUUUUCUUUAGUUACAUUUUAAGAUACUGUACAUAUAAAAUAACGACCAGAAUGCUGACAAGGUAGUCUAUCUUUUUCGCUUUAUUCUAAAGAAAGAGCCAUAGAACUUGAGAGUUCAAAUUGCCCGCACUAUAGAGCUCCCGAAAAACAUCGAACGGUUUAUUUGAAAAAAAAUCAGAUUGGUGACGAUCUUUAGGUUCUAGAGGAAGUAAGACUGCACUCCCUCUAGAAAAAAAGAAUCCUAAGGUGAAAUCCAUCCUCAUUGGAUUAAUAGGUGUUGCUUUUGGCGUUGUUGUUUUCCGAGAAUAACUUCAGUGCAUCAUUUUACUCUACAUUACCAUUAGUGGGAUAUGUUUCUUGGGAACCACACCAUAACUAGCUUUUCAAUAUUGUAUUUUAGACGUAUCCCUCUCUAAGUCUGAAGGCGUCACAUUAAGAAGACUCAAAACCACGUUCAUUGCGAGUGCUAGUGAAAAAGUCUCCCUUGAUUUUCUUUUCAUCUCUCCCCAAGACAGAUCCAAACAACGAAAAGUGUUUCCAAUUCGCAAAAAUUGCAAAUGUUGUCAAUUUUUGUUGAAAUGUAAACAGUAGGAGUUCAACUCUUACCGUUCACCGUAUGUCAUUCGUUUAAGCAUGGUUACAUUUAGAAGGAAUUGCCAAACUGAAAAAGCUACUUCUUGAUGGUGUAUAUGAAAACUGAAUGUCCCUUGCCAGAGCACUCUGUCCUAGUCCUAGUCCUAGUCUUGUUCUUAAAACUCAAUUUAAAAGAAAAUGAAGUCUUCUACAACAUAGCUUACAUUACUGGGCACACCAUCUUCUGUGCAUUUCGUAAGUAGGUAGGAAGGAACGCGGUAAUUUAAUAUUAACAACUGAGUUGAUAACGUAAAUUGGCCUCCGUAAUGAGUUUCAAAGCUGACGUUUCCAGCUUUAGCCUUUCGUCCCACGCUCUAACGAAGGCCUUACACUCAAAUCGUCAGCUUUGAAACUCUUUCCGGUGGCCAAUUUACGUUAUCAACUCAGUUGAACUGAGUUAAUAUACUGUUAUAUUAUUAUAUAUACUGUUAUACUCUCACACCGACGUAGCACCACAGGUUCUUUAGAGACUUACCCCCUUUAAGGGAGGAACUUGGCUAGUUUUAUCAGUAGGGAAUCAACCUAAAAUCACUCAACCACAUAUAUUUCCAAAGUACUCACUGGUCAUUGUACGUCUGUUAUAAACCGGUUAUAACUUGUUUCUGUACAGACGGCGGCGGCCGGUGAGGGGCUGUCCAUUGGGUCGAUACCUAAUGGAACUCCUUAUGUGCACAAUCCAUGUGCAUCUCAUGUCAUACCGUUACUCGGCAAUAUAAUCCUGCUAGCAAAGUAAGUACAAACGCUGUCUCAGGUACCGUUCACACCACGCUGAAUCAAUUUAAAGACGGGGUUAUCCACAUUGGAUAACGGUCUUUUCGGUCCUCGCCAAAAUGAUCAUCAGUGGCGGAAGUGGUUGAACAUAUCCUUACGCACUGAAAGGAGCUAAUUUUAUGGACAGAAUUACCUUAUCGUUUUAAAAGGCUCGGUUUUCAAAAUUCUUUUUUGUCCAUUCCUAGCACAAAACUGGUCUUUCGUAUUGUAUCCACUUUUCAGUGCGUUUUAGGGAAGAUUUUUUUCCUCGGGAUAGUUUUUACUGAUUAUUAAGGAAAGUUGUAGAUGCAUCUUUAAAUUUAUUCAGCGUAGUGUGGAAGGGGCUGCACUCUUUCUUGUUAUACUUUCACCAGUGUCUUAUAACUAGGUGUCUCAUCUGUUUCUGGCGCGAUCUCUGUGGAAUUAAGGGGCUGAGAACAUUGCGUUAUGUUCAAUGGUAGAAAAAAUGAAAACAAUUCGACAGCAAAUGAUUCCAUGAUUUAUUCGAUUUAUGAUGAACUUGUAUUUGCAUUGAAAAAAAAAACUGAGAAGUAGGAAAACAGCAAAACAGAGUUUGUAUUUGAAGUUCAUGUUGGUAAUCGUUAAUCGUGGUUUUACCGUUAGACUCGAAAUGGCAGGAAUUUACGAUAGCCUGAGUUAAUCAAGGACUAAUCAGAAAAAUCUAGAGCGUUUCUAUUUACUUCCCCCUUCCAGAUUUGCAGUGAUCGAUGAUCACUCAAUAUACAUGGAAAUUUCAGUUUUGAUUGUUAAGGACGUCGGCGAGUACUCGAGUUCAAUACCAUUUGCCAUUGCUUGUUUGAAGUUUCGUUCAAUAUCAUGAGAAUUUGCGGUUCUGAAUGCUAUAAAUUUCAUGAUAAAAAAACAAUGUUCAAUUAAGUGCCGAAAGUAAUGUGGUAUUACCCAGGUUUUCCCUCGCUUCGCGAUGAGAUUGAGCUCUGAAAAACGCGAGUUUCUUUCUCGACUAAUCUUGAUCUGUUCCCUAACGUUUUCAUUCCCUGUCAGCAGUUUGCUUGCUUUUAUUUUAAUUAUUUUUGGCUGGGUGUGAUAUUUGCCUCUGCUCUAAGCCCAGUUGUUCAAAGGGCAGAAAACGCUAUCCUUUGGAUAAAUCGCUUUCCAGUGGAAUAAGUGUUAACAAAACGUAUUGCGCUAUCCAAAGGAUAGAGUAUCAUCCAGUGAAUAGCGUUAUUCACCCUUCGAACAAUGGGAGCCUGAUUGGGGGUUAUAAUUUUUCGUAUUCUUGGUUCCAUGUCACUAAACUGGAGUGGGAUCUAUGUCGGCAAAAUCUGGAAACUCUCUGAUCAUUAACACCAGUCCUACUUUUAAGACACUCAACUCAAGAAUUCACAAACUCUAUAAUUUUCCCUUUUAAUUUUUUCAUAUUCCAGUUGUGUAAACAGAAUACAUAAUCCAUCAGUCAAAGCCGCCAUUUUUCCUGAGUAUCUAGCAUCUCUUGGCAUGCACGACCUCGAUACAAGCGCCAUAUAUGGUAAGUAUAGAUCCGAUUUUUUGGCAAACCCCGCAAUAUUAAACUGCACUGGGGAAAUUUAUACCAUCACCUAAUUACUGAGGCAGCCUUUUUUAAGAUAAUCUUACCAAGACUUAUCUCGCCGCGCGAUGUUACAGGAAACAAGAACCUUAUUGGAUAUUGGCCUCUUUCGUUUCGCCCCUUUUUAUUAUUUAAAAAAGAAAAGGAGAGUGAAUAAAUAAACGAAUGGAUAAAUAACAAAGUGGGCUAAUAACUCAAUCGAAGGCUUGGUCAGUAAUUGUUAUCAAGUCAUUUGAUAAUCCCCUCGAGACUGUUCCUAUUUUUCUCUGUCCGUUCAGUUCUCCCACAGGGACAGGAAAACAAAGACAAAGGCGGUGCACCCUUCGUUCCAACCCCUAUUUCAGUCACAAAGGGCUUCUUAUAUCAUUUAGCUGAUUCAUGGUGAGUAAAAGAUUGUAUCAUGCGCCAAAUGUUUUUUCACCAAGCCAACGUCUAAGAAAUUUAAGAAGAGAUUCAUUGCUUAAAAUUAGGAAAUCUGCUUUGACUUUCUUUUCAUUCGAACUUUGUCUAUGACCCAGUAAUGUAUCUUCAAUUAGCUCUAGGCCAGUGAGUUUUCUAUGGCCUAGUGAGUAGAGCAUCAAGGCUGGAAAUCGAAACUAGCCGUGGUCGAAUCCUUGUAGUAAUGUAGAUUUUUCCCUUACGCGCAUAACUAAAUGAGAACUUCUUUUUUUUAUUAAAUUACUCCCUAACAUAAACUCUUAACACCGGUUGGACUUCCAGUCUUGAGGCUUGCAUUUUACCUUUUUAACUUCAUAUUCCACUUAUUACUUCCAUUUUGACGCCACUUGCAUUUUAUUCCAACGAUCGUCAUUUGAACUUGAAGUCUUAUCUCUUGGGUGAGAGUAGUGCUUGAAAGGACUACUGUCGGUUGCAGUGACUUACGUCUCGACAACCUAAGGGGGAAAAUUUUCAUCGGGUUAAAGUUACUAAUUUUACAUACAACGACAAAAUUGCUCGCAGUGUCGUUCCAUACAAAACUGACAUUUGCUUUAUCUCUAUUUCAGUUACCAUACUCUCGGGUUUUCUGCGGUCUGUCUUGGCCAUGAUUUCUAUAGUAUUUCCGGACUAGCGCAACUCCUGGUUGAUAAUCUCGUAAAGUCUCUGCAGCAUGUUCCGAAUUACAGACUGAGAUUUGUUGUGCGUAUCCUUUCGCAACGAUAUUUUCUUCGAGUAGAGCUUUUCAUUCAGAUAAAUAAAUGAAUAAGUAAAUGAAUAAAUCAACGCGUAGGACUCAAACAACACAACUGGUCUUAGAUGGGAUGAGCUUGAAGAGGGUCUUACGUGCUCUUGAUUCAGUGAAGUUUUGAAAAGAAAAAUUUAAAGAGAAACAGAGGGACCCGUAGUUACUUUCCAUUCGCAGUCGUAAAUCAUUUCAUUUGUUUUCUGGUUUUGCCUACAACGGAUUCCUGGGCCCGGUAGUUCGAGACCCAGCUUUUAUUCAGGAUUAAAAGAUGUAACUUAUUCUGAUUUCUCUUCUGUAAAAGCGUUUCGUUUGCACGAGUUUUGUAAGGUUUUGACUUAGUGUAUGGCUAAACUAAAUCCUGAAAUGUAAUUAGGAAAACUCUCCGCAAAGGUACGGAUUCAAAGAGAAAAAAUACCUUAAACAUAAGUUAAUCUGAUUUUAGAUAUACGAAAGUUCAUAUAUUUGCACUGCGGUGGAGAGAUGAAAUUAAGAGAUCCUCGCAGCUAAGAACACUACUGAAACGAGUAGCUGUAAAUAGGACCUGAAAAAAAAAAAAUUCAGCCAAUUGAGCUAACAAGCCAACUGAACUGAACUACUCGUUUCAGUAGUGUUCUUAGCUGCGAGGAUCUCUUAAUUUCAUCUCUCCACCGCAGUGCAAAUAUAUGAACUUUCAUAUACCUAAAAUCAUCAUUCAAUUGGGUGUUUAUUUGGGCCUAAUUCAUUGACCAGCUCCCAGUUGGCUUGUUGGCUCAAUUGGUAGAGCGCUGCACCGACAUCGCAGAGGUCAUGGGUUCAAAUCCCGUAUGGGCCUGAAUUUUUUUCAGGUCCUAUUUACAACUACUCGUUUCAGUAGUGUUCUUAGCUGCGAGGAUUUCUUAAUUUCAUGACUUAAUCUGUUCGUGUUUUUAACAUCCCGGCCCAGAUAGAGUGGUCUUUGUUCGAACCUAGGUGCCAGUGCCUCUGGUCUUUGAGGAGUUGAUGAGUACAGGUUAACUGUUAGGGAAAUCACCUGCAGAGGAAUUUUCUGUACUUUUCAAAUAAGAAUGAGAUAUUUGUUUGGAGACCAGCAGGGCAAAUACGAUUGCCAAGUUGUAUGUUCUUUUGAUGUAAUACCGUUGCAUUCCUUAACUCAAUUCAGGUAAUUUUUUCAAGUUGUUUAUCUUGCAUUGCCCUCAGUGUGACUAUCAGAAUGUACUUGUCCCAGUGCUGUCUCCUUUUUUCGGUCAUAUGCUUCAGGUAGGACCUCUUGGCGAGCUUAAGAUACUCUGUUCUCCCAAAGCAAAGCCAAUACUUAUCAAGUCACAACGCUGAGCAAGGACGUGUGACUAGUGCCAUUGCAACUGAGAAAAUCAAAAGUGGUGCACGCUGAUUGGCUUAUUAGGUAGCUAAGAGCCAAUUAAAAACAUACACGUAAAAACGCGGAAAGUUGAAGUUAUGGCGAUCUUAUUAGUUUCUAGCUAUCUUCACUGCUGUUUUUCUUUUGUUGUUGUUUCAGCGAGACUCUAGCUUUCGACUGAUUUAUGGGAAUUAAAAAACCAGGAUAAUUCUCGAAAUGUCUUAAAUUUGUGUUAUUGAACCGUGAGCUUGGAAAGUCGAAGGUGUACUAAAGUAGUAUCAAUAUAUGUCACUUUCGUUCUCUCCUCAGCACCUUGAAGAACAGUGGCAAAUGGUCCGACAACAUCAAGCUGAGAGGUGAUUUUAAAUUGUUGUACGCGUCAAGUUUAUACUGUGCGAGACCAUUGUAUCUACUAGCUGCUGCGCCUCACACACGUUCCAAUGUCGAGGAUCGCUUUCGUAUGUUCAAACUAGAAAAAAAAUAGACAAAAAGCUGAUAUUUUCUUGGAACGGAAGCGUCGUCUGUCAAACGAGUUUCGCUCGGGUUGAAGAUCUUGAAAGAUUGAAAUAGAUUUUCCAAGUUGGUCAUUCGCUAUCAUCAGUGAUCUUUUGGGUGCUUUUUACACCGGAAAACGAAUACUUCAAGGUUUUAUUCCGUAAAAAAGAGAUUCUCUGCGACUGCGACGAAGCCUCUUCGUUGUAGGGAAGUAUUACGAGUUAAAAGGUAUUUCUUUUAAUAUUUAAACUCGCCGAUAGGUUCUCUUGUGAGCUGUAUUCUGUAUUUUUUAACCCACAGCACGGAAGCUGCAGAUGAGGAAGUCAACUUGGAAUCAAAAGAGAUUAUAGAAGAUCAGCUGGUGUCGAUCAUUAGCAAGGACUACUUGGAUGUCUUCAGUAAGUGCUGAUGUGGUCGUUUAUUUAACUCACGUGAAUUUCAGCUACUUUUAAUAAGUUUUCCUUUUCACCGCUUGGCUAGUCAGCUUUUUCCCCAAUGCCAACUGCAGAACUGGAUUCAUGUUUUCCAUUUUAGCUCUGGCGUGUAUAGUAAACAGGGAAAGCGAUGACUCGUCAAGAAUGGAGGUCACAGAAGAAGAAGAAAUGAAAGGUAACUAGAGAUCAAUGUAAAUGUUUCGUACAAAGUGCAAGAUGUUGAAGGCUCUAAGGUGACCAGUUGUGGGCUGCGAGCCGGUCAUGAAGUUGGCACACCGUUUUGAUUUUCUUUGUAGGUAUAGAUCCAUACAAUAUCAGGAUGGGAUCGCUGGGAUUCAUUCUUCUCAGGACAGAGGUAAAAAAGAAAGCUGAGUUUCGUGAGAUUAGUUUGUUGGUGUUUUUUUUUCUUGUACCAUUUCAGGUAAAUAUUCCUGGAAAUGAACGAAGAAAAAAUGUUGCUCGGAGUUCAGUUUAGGAAAUUCUACAGGAAGUGUAGCUAUCUUCAUUUGUAAAUUUUAAGAUUACAGACUGGAGGGCUGUUAUAGGAAAUAACAAACAAACUAUCUAACAAACUAACAAACGAACAAGCGCAGCAAACCAAAACAAAAGAAACUAGUAAACUUCUAAAUAUUCUGUGAUUUUUAUGUGAAUUUUAGAGUGUCAACAUGCAGAUGCUGAUCACAGUUUUUACCUGUUUGACCUGGCCGGACUCUGCUGUCUGCCACAAGGCUACACGACUUGCAACGACUUUCCUCAAGGAGGUAAGGCUGCCUUCAGCUCAUAACAGGAGUGAAGUGUUUAGGAAUUGAGAAUGUCGAUGUCCUUUGUCUGUCCGUUACUCGUUACUCCUAUACAGCCUUAACAGUCGAGAAGAAAAGUAAAGGAAAUUAGGGGGUACGUUUUUCCUUCGCUUUAAAUUAAAUCAGGGUGUAAGUCUGUUAUCCUCAAAAUUUCGAGGGCACUUGGAUACCAAUAUUUAUUUUUCAACAGUUUCUUGGACAAUUAUAUGGUUUCAUCUUUCGUUUUGUAGGUUAUGAUGCUAAGCAGUCAGGCUGGUUCACGGAUUGCUGACUCUGUAGUCGAACAGUUGUUCUCUCAGGUCUUAAAGGUGGGCAUUGUCUGCUUGUUUGGUCGAUUUUCUAGCGGAGGGAAACUUCAACUCGUUAUGUUUCGAAACAGUUUACUGGGCUUCUUUGAGUAUGAUGAUGUUUUUUACUACGCUGUCAUUUAGUGCUACUUUCAUUGAGGCAAUGAGACCACAGAGACAAAUUGUUUUUAACACAUUAAACAAAGUAGAGGAGCAAUUUCGCUUUAACGGUAUAUAAAAGGCAUGCGUUUGUCGCCAAACCAAAAUUCGCUUGUGCGAUAUAUCAUUACAGCGAUAUAUCGCAAUGACGUAUCCCUGGCUCUGCGUUAAAUCGUCAAAGCGACAUUUCACUGGAGCGAUAUAUUGGUAAUGAUGGUUUGCGCACUUUACAUGAUAUCUUUGUAGCGAUAUAUCGCUAGAACAAUUUAUCGCAGCAGCGAUUUAUACUUGGAACGAGAUAUUUAUUCCAUUCAUUUAUUUGUGGAUUUAUUCUUGAUUGUGUGGAGAUACAAGGUGAAAGGAUAAACAGCAGUGUUAGGCUGGUUUUGAGGCCUCGAGUGAUCCAACUUUUCAUACGAAAUACGCAGACAUCUCGUUCCUUGUCGGCGAACCACCAAUUAAAUAAGCUAGCGAUGAAACCGACCUACGAACGGCAGGAAAUUAAGCAGACUAGAACACACUUUCUCCAAUACUGUCAAGCCCAGCCACAUAGAGUAAAAGUUUUGAUUAAUCUGAUUGGCAUUUUGUUUCAGGGUCUUCAUGUGCAUGGCCAUGGAUCUACAGAAACAUAUCUGACUUACGUUGGACAGAAUAUGUAUGAACUUCUGGUGAGUUUUCCUUGUGCCCAAAACCUGCAAAACGGUCCUCAUUUGACAAGGAAGAAACGAAAGAAGGCUGUUAAUAUAUUUUAACAAUUGUGUUUCCAAAAUCAAUCAUUUUUAAUAGUUAGCUUAUCCGGAUUAUCGUUUACUUGCCGGGGGAUAUGUGGAAAGGGGUUUUAAAGGGUUCCUUAGGCAUCCAUUUUGGGACUAGCAAUCAUGAUUUGAUAUACCUAGGGUAGAGGCGAUAGUUCAACACUUGUAAAAGUACGCGUGAGUGGACGUUCCUUCGAGGACUCGAGAUGUUUAGGUAUUGGUACGUCACUACCUCUCAUAAUGUAGUUUUAUCUGAAUUAGCCACAAGUUCUUCUUCCCGUGUGCUUUGCGACUAAUUGGGGUUUUGCUGGAAAACUUUUAUUUAUUCCUGAGAACCUCUUCAAGCGCUUUGAUUGUGAACAUCAAACUGCGAGCGCUUAUUCACUAGAAUCCCAUUCAGACUUUUGAAGGCUUAAAACUAAGAUCGUUUUCAAGCGCUGUAACUGACGUUUCUUGUCCCUAUUAAAAGAGAAAAGCCGGCUCCCUUUUAUGUAAUGUUUUUUCGCAUUUCAGAGACCUCAGUACACCUCACUUCAACAGCUUCUCCUUCAAACGAACUGUUCGUUGGAAGAUUUACAUGUAUGUAAAACGUUUUUGGGUUAGUUUGACGAGUACAAAGCUUGCAAGGUUGGAUCUCCUUUCGUCAAAGUCUCCCUCUUUGACAGAUUGCCGCCUUCUAAAAGUCGUAAUGAUUAGUUGUGAAAUCUUUCAAAAAAAAGACAAAAUGGACAUCAGCGUGUACCUAGGUGCUCGUGAAGGUCUAGGUACAGUUUUCUUAUUGUUUUUACACCUAUUUCGCAGGAAAAUUCAAAGCAUGUGAAAAAUUAUUUUCCUUUCAAGCAGGAUUUUCACCUGCUUUUCAAUAAGUUCCUCAAGCUUUCUUUCUUUUCUUUCACAGGCCUUUGAAGCGUCUUGUUUGGAAGGAAGAGAAGUUCCCGAGAAGAGAAAGAAAGAGCAGUUUAAAAAAAUUGUGUCUGGGAUUGUUGGGGUGAGACUUUUAACUGUCUUAUCACGUUUGUUUGUUUUUUUUUGCAGGCAUUUAUUUAGAGCCAUGUUGUGGAACCGUUGCACUUGAAUAUACUAUCCAAAAGCUUUCACUGAAAUGGUGCCACACCAAAGAGUUUCAUCCCCUAACUCUAUGUCCAAAUAUGUAAAUUAAAAGAAAUUCCAGCAGCUUACUCAAGUACUGAGGGGCGAGGUGGGAUUAUGCAAAAGUUUUCAUUGAAAUGGUGCCACACUUAGGAGGUUCAUCCCCAAACUCUAUCCCUAGAUCUCCAAUUAAACCGAAUUUUAACAGCAAACUCCAGUAAUGAAAGGGUAAGGUCUUGUUUGAAUGGUUACAUCUUCGGGUGGGUGCAUAUACCAAUUAUUUCGUUGAUUUCUGUACCAACUUUUUUGAGUCAGUUUUAUCGUAAAUACGUUGUCAUUAUAAUAAUUUUUUCGCUUUGUGUUUUAUUCUGUAGAAACACAUUGGCGAACUGUUCAAAAACGAAAUCAGGAUUAAAGAUCUUCCACCGAUCAAAAUAAAACCCAAGCCAGAAUCUAAAGGAUACGAGGAUCCCACAGGACUCGCAGAUCUGUUUGAUCCUUCCAAGACUUCGGAAUCACAUUAGCAGAUGUUCACUCGAACUUACAAACCCUCGCCAAAGAAGGAAGGAAACAAAGUAAAAGGCUGGAAAACAUAAUAAAUCGAUUGGCGUAUUUAACGCCGAUUUUCAUACGACAAGGCUUAAAUUUAGUCAAUUUUGCAUAGUCCAAGAAUUUUAAAGCCCUCUUCAGACCUUUUAAACAUGAAAUGUCUUUCAAUUUUGUAGUAUUUACGAUGUUGGCCUUUCGUGCCUACCCAAUGAUGGAGAUAAAGCAAGGCUAUAAGUUCUCUGAAAUAUUUUGGUUUUUGCAUACCUUCAUGAUUUGCUUCUUUGCUGUUGUGUUCGUUUGAUUCAAAACAACUGAAAACCUACAAGCAUCUUUUUUCUAACCUUGACCUGUCUUCCAUGUUAUCGUUUAGUGGGGUGACCGACCGAACAAGCUGGCGAUUGAGUGAAUUGUAAGUUUCAGACGGAGUUUUUCCCGCUCGGAUUUUUCCACGCGGGCCACAAAUCCGAGUAGAUAAAUACAAGGAUUGAAGAAGAUUUCAAUUCAAAACAAACUGUUGAAUUUAGCGGACCGAACAGUGAAGUUCGGUCCGCCAGAUUGACGAAUCGUAGCGCACGUACCAAUUGAGAGAAACAAUAUAAUGAACAACGGAACUGAUUUCCGAAAGAGCCUUCCCAAGGGGAAAAGGUUGGGCUUAGCUGCAGCGACUUGGUCCUAUUUUUAUUUUAUUUGUUAUUGUUUUCAAUAUUCAAUGAUUCAUCUUAAAGGUUCCUAUGUAGUUGUGGUCUUUCCAUUCCUUUCCUGGAACGCACGUGCUUAUGGGCUUGUUUUUUCGGCAGCCUUGGUGAGUUUAAGGAGAGGAAGUGUCCAUUAGAUAUCAGGUGUGGAGAGGCAACAGUUCACUUGGGGUGUGCGAUAUUUGUCUUAGAGGACAACGCUUUUAUUCUGAUGGUUUUAAACAUGG